AUGAGUUCGGAUCCUCCAAGUAUAAGAGACCAACCUGGUUAUGAUAUUAUUAUACCAGCUGGCUUAGUUUCCUAUAUUCCAAAUGGACUUAGUUUAAUUUACCUUAUAACAAGGUUAUUGAAUCGAUGGUGGGUAACUAAGAGAUCCCUAUCGAUGGCACAUAGGGUGCCAUUUUAUAUAGCAAUUUCCGUUAAUAUCCAACAAAGAAAUAUUCGAAGACUCGGUACUGAAUCUGCUAAACUUAGUCGCGUUGAUCUUAUUGUUGUGAGAAAAAUUAUUGGCUAUAUUUUAACAUUCAUUAUAGAAUGGAUUCCUUCGGUUGCUUAUUUCAUAUCUCAAAUGGCUAUGUAUGAUAAUAUAUGGAUUUACACUGUAGCUGUAGUUGCUAUAAAUUUUGGUGGUAUAGGAAAUAUGAUACUAUAUAUUGUUCAUGAAAGUUGGACGAAUCAAUACGAUUCAUCUGAACACGCGAAUUCUAUUCCAAAUAUCAGCGAAAGUAAUACAAGUGGUAUUUACAUCUUAAGUAGUAAUAAUAGUAAAAACAAUCAAGAAUUACAUCCUCAAAUAACAGUUCAUAAUACCAUCACAAUUGAAAAAGAAAUUUUGACUACUACAUCUGGCGAAGACGCUGAUAAUUUUGUGGAUAGCUUUGAAGAUUUUACUGAGGGAACUAUAGAAAAUAAUCCCGAUUUAGAUGGAAGUAAUGAUGAGUUUGCCGAGUUCGAAGACGCUACACUUGAACCUGCAACAAAUUUACCCGAACAGAAUUCUAGUGGAUCAACUCUAGUAGGUAAUAAUUUAACUUUUGUUUCAAUGGACAACAAACCUUUAACCGAAGCCUUAUGCCAAGUAUUAGAUAACAUAUUUCCGGUAACGAAUACUACCCCAUUUAAUGAAGCUUCAACGAAUGUGUCUAGUAAUAAAGGAUUGGAAUCUGUAUUUGUUACUCCAACAAGUUUAGAAAUAUGGAAACAAAUAUCUGAUGAAUCGGAUGAACAACCUUUUCGAUGGAAAAAGUCAAUAAUAAGAAAAGAAUUUUACUCGACUCUAGGAAUAGCAAUUGAUGCUUUAGAAGAUAUGAAAUCCCAAUAUAUAGUAAAUACGACUACUACUUCUUCAGUAACCUUGCCUUCAAAACCAAUUCAUCCUAUACCAACUUCAAACAAACCAGUGACUUUAUCAGCUCCUGUUAGUCGUUCAUCAACACCUGAUUCAACUCAUAAUAAUUUUUCAAGUUCUUCUCAUAAUAAUCUUUCAUAUGGUAAUCUUUCAAAACAAAAAAUAUCGCAUACUCAGAUUGAUGAACCUAAACAACUUGAUAUAAAUCUAGCUAGAAUGUUAUGUUCAAUAUCAAAAGAGACUUUACAAACAUUUACAAACGUUCAAUUACGUUGUAUAAAAUCUGAAUUACUCUCAUUAUCGAGUCAAACUUCUGAUGCACUAACGUUUUGGCUGGAUCAACGUGAACAAACGAUUAUGGACUCUGAAACUUAUAAUCAAAUGAUUGAAUGUCUUGUAGGGCAUGCUCAAAAAAUUAGAGAUGGUGGGAUCGGCGGUGGAAAUCAAGCAAAAACAGGUUGGAAUAGUCGAGGUAUUAAAUUAAUGAAAAAAGGUAGUGGCACUGUCGCAAGUGGAUUAGCAUCUUUGAGUUUACCUUUUAAGAAGCAGAGAAGUCAAACAAAUUCACCAGUUACUUCCACAUCGGUUGCGGCUGAUGUUUUUAAACAUAAUGGGAAUAGUAAUGAUCAAAUGCGUUCAUUACCUCCAAGACUAACAUCCGCACAAAAAUCAAAAGUCACAUUGUCUCUUUUUACAACAGUGGCUUUAUUUGCUAUAUUUACCGUUGCUGUACCUCCUUUUUUGCCAUGUCCUGUUCUUGACGACGCACAACGUAGGGCAUUAUUAGAACAACGUCUUAAAGCAGUAAAACUUGAAGAAUCCGGCAGAAAAAAAGUCGUGGUGAUCUUGAGGAAUAAAGAUAAUAUUACCGGAAAAUAG